CCUCUAUUCGCCAUGGACGCAUUGAGCGAAGUCGUCCAGCCGAAGGAGAAACGGCUGAUGACGGAAGCUCGACGGCAACAAAGUAGAGCGGCACAGAAAAGAUACCGUGAGAAGCAGAAACGCCGGUUAGCAGAGCUGUCGAGUUUUGCGUCUGCAAGUCAUGCCAAUGAACCGAGCCAUCCAAUACCGAUGUCAUCGGGCCUUCUCAAGGCCACCUGGCUACCCAGUUCGAAUGGAGGUCUCAAUCUGGUGGAAGAACAGAGUCCUGUGAACGCUCAAGGUAGAGCUGGUCGCUCAGUAGAAUCGAACGAGGUAGAGUCUUUAUCCGCCAUUGAAGGUAUAACGGUGAAUCCAAACUGGAACAUGAACAUCCCUUUUGGUGGACCCAACACAUUCCAGCUCGAUGAUACAUGCUUAUCUAGCGAGAACAUGCUGGAGGGGAGAAUGGGCAGGGAUUGUCAAACGAUAGCAGCGAGUGAAUAUCCUACUUUGAGUGAGCAGGUUGCCGAUACCCAGGACAUUCCAGAAGCCAUGCAAUUUUCCAGGGUAGCGAGGCCUUACGCAUCCAUUGAAUCCUCGUUUUUAUUUCCUGUUGAUGCUUUGCCUGCUCCAUCGAUCCCAAGAGAUACAUACAUUCGAGUGCAUCGGUAUUCCCUUCUCAACUCGUUUAUGGAAAACGCGACGAUGCUGGGGUACACGCUUGAUUGGGUGACAACCUACGGCUGUCACCUGAAAUCACUUUGGUGUCCAACAUUACCACAGCCACAAUCGCAAAUGGGGAUACGGGUUCAUUGGAGAGAGGAUAUUCCGGCGAUAAUGAAAGUAGCACCCGAUCUUGCUCCAACUGCAACUCAGCUGCAAUAUCCUCAUCUUCUGUAUAUUGAUAUCUUCCCAUUUCCGGAGUUCCGCGAGAAGAUGCUAGCUCUUCGAGCCGUGCGGCCGAAAGUUUUUGAAGAGGAAGAUUUCAGGCGAGACAUCGACACAGGCGAAGCGAUUUGUUGUUGGGGACCAACACCAUGGGAAAAGAGGUCAUGGGAGGCACAACCAUGGUUCUUGCGCAAGUGGUGGAUGUUGACGGGAGGAGAGGAGGGGGAAAUGGGAUCCUUAAGCCGGUGGUGGAGGCGUUUUCGGGGAGAAGAGAUUUGAGAAGCAGACAAUGAGUGAAUAAUAGGCAUACCGUUGCUCUCGGAUGCCAAUCUAGUCGCAUGUUAUUUAUCGAAUCUUACUUUUCAAAAUCAACAACCUCGU